UGCGCGCGCUCAGUCGAGGAGGAGCUGAAUGGGAUCAAAGCGGUUUAAAGUGAAAGUGAAAGUGGAGCAGCGUCUGUUCAGAGAAGAGAAGAUCAUAAACAGAGAAAAGCUCAGAGUCUGAUUCAGAGAGAUCAGACUCACCUGAUCUCAGCUAUGAGUCCAUGAAGAGUCAGUGAUUCACCAUGAAGAUCCAGAGAGGAGGACAGUUCUACUGAGGUAGAGAGAGUUUACAGUAUUAAUGGUGCAGUGAAGUGUUCCUCACUUCCAGCCUCACCUGAUUAACCUCAGCAGGUAGAGCAGAGUAACCUGUGCAGAACUGUGGUUCUACAGAACAUGGAGAGAGGAGUGUGUCUGUGAAGAGUGACUGGUCCAUGGGGGAACCUCUUAAUUUCAGCAGAGGAGGAGGAGAUCCCAGCUGUGUGUCUAUGAAGAGUGACUGGUCCAUGGGGGAACCUCUGAAUUUCAGCAGAGGAGGAGGAGAACCCAGCUGUGUGUCUAGAAAGAGUGACUGGUCCAUGGGGGAACCUCUUAAUUUCAGCAGAGGAGGAGGAGAUCCCAGCUGUGUGUCUAUGAAGAGUGACUGGUCCAUGGGGGAACCUCUGAAUUUCAGCAGAGGAGGAGAACCCAGCUGUGUGUCUAUGAAGAGUGACUGGUCCAUGGGGGAACCUCUGAAUUUCAGCAGAGGAGGAGGAGAAACCAGCUGUGUGUCUGUGAAGAGUGACCGGUCCAUGAUGUUACCAGCACAGUCCAGUGGAGGGAGAGGAACCUCUGACUCAGGGCAGCACUCCACACAAACAGCACUGCAGAUAAACACUCUGGAAGAUGUUCACCAACCAGUGGAUGACGUCCUUCACAGAGUCUUAGAGAGACACAAAACCAGCAUGAAGAAGAAGUACGAGAGCAUAUUUGAGGGAAUCAGAACAGAAGAGAAUAAAACCCUCCUGAACAGGAUUUACACACAGCUCUACAUCAUAGAGGGAGAGAGUGAAGGAGUGAAUGAAGAACAUGAGGUUCUACAGAUGGAGAAAACUUUCAGGAGACGCUUAAAAGACUCUCCAAUCAACUGCUUAGACAUCUUUAAACCUCUAGAAGGUCCUGAAGGAGAAACACUAGAAGAGAACAUUAGAGCUGUGAAGGCUGACAGUCUCAGACACAAAGAAAGAGAAGAAGAUAACAGACCAAAAGAGCCAGAGCUCAGAAGUGUUCUGACUAAAGGCAUCGCUGGAAUUGGAAAAACUGUCUCUGUGCAGAAGUUCAUUCUGGACUGGGCUGAAGGAAAAGCCAAUCAGGAUGUAGAGCUCAUGUUUGUGCUUCCGUUCCGGGAGCUGAACCUGAUUAAAGAUGAUCAAUACAGUCUUCAUGGACUUCUGUGUGACUUCCAUCCUGAGCUCAAAGAUCUGGACCCAGAGAUUUAUGAUCAGCUCAAAGCUGUGUUUAUAUUUGAUGGUCUGGAUGAAAGUAGAAUUCCACUGAACUUUGAACAGUGUGAGAAAGUAUCUGACAUCACUAUGACAUCAUCAGUGGGUGUGUUGAUGACAAACCUCAUCAAAGGAGAGCAGCUUCCCUCUGCUCUGAUCUGGAUAACCUCCCGACCAGCAGCAGCCAAUCAGAUCCCUCCUAAAUACAUCAAGCGUGUGACAGAAAUUCAGGGAUUCAGUGACCCACAGAAGGAGGAGUACUUCAGGAGGAGGAUCAGUGAUGAAGACCAAGCCAAGAGAAUCAUCUCCCACAUUAAGACAGUGAGGAGCCUUCACAUCAUGUGCCACAUUCCAGUCUUCUGCUGGAUCUCAGCCACUGUUCUUCAGCAAAUCAUGAAACAGCAUCAUACAGAAAUCCCUAAAACUCUGACUGAAAUGUACUCACACUUCCUGCUCACUCAGACAAACAUGAAGAAUGAGAAGUAUGAGGAGAAAAAGAGGAGAAACCCAAAGAACGUGCUGGAGUCCAACAGAACCAUUCUUCUGAAACUGGCUGAACUGGCUUUCAAACAGCUGGUGAAGGGCAAUGUGAUGUUCUAUGAAGAGGACCUGAGAGAGAGCAGCAUUAAUGUCACUGAGGCCUCAGUGUAUUCUGGGAUUUUUACUGAGAUCUUUAGGGAGGAAUGUGUGCUUUACCAGAGGAAGGUCUACUGCUUUGUUCAUCUGACCUUUCAGGAGUUCCUGGCUGCUGUUUAUGUGUUUCACUGCUAUGAGAGCAAAAACAUGGAGGAACUGCAGAGAUUUAACCCACAGAACAGUAUGAGGACUAAGAAAGUUCUUCUGGAUGAGGUGCUGAUGGGAGCAGUGGAUGAAGCUGUAGAGAGUCAGAAUGGACACCUGGAUCUUUUCCUCCGUUUCCUGCUGGGGAUCUCACUGGAGUCCAAUCAGAGACUCUUACAGGGUCUACUGACCCCAACACAGAGCAGCUCAGAGAGAACCAGAGAGCACAUCAAGAGGUUAAUCAAAGGAGAAGAUAAAUAUCAUAUCUCCACUGAGAGCUCCAUUAUCUCCACUGAGAGAUCCAUCAAUCUAUUCCUCUGUCUGUCUGAAAUGAAUGACGAGUCUCUCUCCAGAGAGAUUCAGGAGUAUCUGAAAUCAGGGAGACACUCAGAAGUGAAACUCUCUCCUGGACAGUGUUCAGCACUAGCCUGCAUGCUUCUGACCUCAGAGGAGGUUCUGGAUGAGCUGGACCUGAAGAAAUACAACACAUCAGAGGAGGGUUAUAGGAGACUGAUCCCAGCUCUGACUGUCUGCAGAAAAGCUCGACUAGCUGGGUGUAGUCUCACCACAAAUUCCUGUGAGAAUCUAUCAUCAGCUCUACAAUCCAUAAACUCAUCUCUGAAAGAGCUAGAUCUGAGUAAGAAUCACCUUCAUGAUUCAGGAGUGGAGCUGCUCUCUGCUGGACUGAAGAACUUGCACUGUAAACUGGAGACUCUCAGACUAGCCAGGUGUGGUCUCACCACAAGUUCCUGUGAGAAUCUAUCAUCAGCUCUACAAUCCGUAAACUCAUCUCUGAAAGAACUAGACCUAAGUAACAAUGACCUUCAGGAUUCAGGUGUUGAGCUGCUCUCUGCUGGACUGAAGAACUCACACUGUAAACUGGAGAUACUCAGACUAGCCAGGUGUGGUCUCACCACAAGUUCCUCUGAGAAUCUUUCAUCAGCUCUAAAGUCUGUAAACUCAUCUCUGACAGAGCUAGAUGUGAGUAACAAUGACCUUCAGGAUUCAGAAAUGAAGCUGCUCUCUGCUGGACUGAAGAACUCGCACUGUAAACUGAAAACACUCAGACUACACAUCUGUAGUCUUGGUGCAAAAGCUUGUGAAAAUCUGGGAUCAGCUCUACAAUCACCAAACUCCUCCCUGAAAGAGCUGGACCUCAGUAACAAUGAUUUGCAGGAUUCAGGAGUGGAGCUGCUCUCUGCUGGACUGAAGAGUUCAUUUUGUAAACUGGAGACACUCAGAUUGUCUGGCUGUAUGGUUACAGUUGAAGGUUGUUCUUCUCUGGCUUCAGCUUUGAAAUCAAACCCCUCCCACCUGAGAGAACUGGAUCUGACUUAUAAUCACCCAGGAGAGUCUGGAUUGAAGCUGCUGUCUGAUCUACUGGAGGAUCCACACUGUAAACUGGAGAAACUAGAGGUGGAUCAUGGAGGGAAGAUCAGGAUCAAACCAGGACUGAAGAAAUAUGCUGUUAAUCUCACUCUGGAUCCAAACACAGUGAACAGACGUCUCUCUCUGUCUGAGAGGAACAGAAAGGUGGAGAUUGUGGGAGGAGUUCAGUUGUAUCCAGAUCAUCCAGAAAGAUUUGAUUACUGUCCUCAGGUUCUGAGUGUGGAGAGUCUGACUGGACGCUGUUACUGGGAGGUUCAGUGGAGCGGAUGGGUUUAUAUAUCAGUAUCAUACAGAGGAAUCAGGAGGAAAGGAGGCAGUUAUGACUGUGUUUUUGGAUUCAAUAAUCACUCCUGGACUCUGAACUGCACUAAUAACAGUUACUCUGUCAUACACAAUAAUCAAGUAACUGACCUACCUGCCCCCCCCUCCCCCUCUAACAGAGUAGGAGUGUAUCUGGACUGGGGGUCCGGCACUCUGUCCUUCUAUACCAUCUCCCCUAACACACACACACUGACCCACCUUCACACAUUGACCACCACAUUCACUGAACCGCUCUACGCUGGAUUCUGGAUUAUUUAUGACUCCUUGGUGAGUCUGUGUGAGAUAGAAUAACCAGAGAGAGAGAGAGAGAGAGAGAGAGAGAGAGAGAGAGGUUGGGGGGUCAUUGAAAAUGUAUUUGUUGUUCAUCAGUUUGAUAUCAGACUGUAAAUAUGAAAGAAAUCAAAACUUUCUGUGUUUAAAUUCAUCAGAAUAAAUAAAGAGAAUAAAAAUAAAGUUUUCUCGAAAAUGUGAUUCAACACACAAACACACACAUUUAUCACACACACUAUA